AUGAGAGGUAAUGGAGCUUGGCACCACCUUUCGAUGGGCAAAUGCCGCCAAGGGAAUAGCAUUCCUAGGAACGCAUGUGUUAAAAUAAAUUUUUACUUGCUUUUUUGGGAAACCAAAUCCCGAAAAAAUUUAGUGAUUGAUUUUAGUGUGCCUCGCCGAGGCGGCGUCCCAUUACAAGAGCAAUCCAAAUAUGUAUUUUUAACUCCUUGGGUACCAUAUGCUUCGGCAAUACCAAUAAAGGAUUGCCGGUCUGAACUCUUGCAAUGGUAUUUAAAAUGCCAGGACUGCAUUUAUAGCCCAUGGGAAGGCGGGUGA